AUGGAUAAAAGUUGGGUACAUUUUGAUCGCCGAAGUCCAGAUUAUGUUGCAGGGUUGAACUUAUUUGUAGAUGAAGCCCUUACCAAGUCUAGUCGUAAAGAUAAGAUCAUAUGUCCUUGUAAAGAAUGUUGUAAUCGUUAUUUUGAAGGUAAGAUGACUGUGGUGGGACAUCUUCUUUGGCAUGGAAUGGACCCUUUAUACAUGAAUGCUCGAUGGACACAUCAUGGUGAGCCUUACGUUGAAUCAACAAAUGUCAUGGAAAUGGAUGUUGCUGAAGGAGAUGUAGGUGAAAUGCAUGAUUUCCUUAAUGAGACAUUUGUGCAACCAAAUAUUGGUGAGAACAUAGGGUCAUCGAGGCAGCCUAUUUUUGAUGGUCGAACACCCGAAGCAGAGCGAUUUUUUAAGUUACUUGAACAAGCUGAUAAGGAGUUGUAUCCAGGAUGCAAGAAGUAUAAAAAAUUGGAUGCCGUCGUAAAAUUGUACCAGAGCAAGUGUUUGGGAAAUGUGACUAACAAGGCUUUUGAUAUGUUUUUAGAGCUUUUUAAAGAUAUGUUGCCUGAGGGAAAUUGUUUGUCACAGUCUAUUUCACAAGCUAAAAAGAUUAUUGAUGAUUUGGGCAUUACUUAUGAGAAGAUUGAUGCUUGCCCUAACGACUGCAUGUUGUUUUGGAAAGAGACAGCAAACUUAAUUGUGUGCUCUACAUGUGGUGCGUCAAGAUACAAAGUGAAAAAAGUAACAAGAGUUGGUGAUAGUUCAACGGGGGAUAAUUCUAGUAAGAAAGUAUCAGCUAAGAUUCUCCGGUAUUUUCCACUAACACCGAGGUUGAAAAGGUUGUAUAUGUCAAAACAUACUGCAGAAUAUAUGAGAUGGCAUGCUACCGAAUGCCCUAAAGAUGGAUUUAUGAGACACCCGUCAGAUUCUCCAGCUUGGAAACAUUUAGAUUCAUUGUACCCGAAUUUUGCAUUUGAAAUUCGAAAUGUAAGAUUGGGUUUGGCAAGCGACGGGUUCAAUUCUUUUGCACAUAUGAGUAGUGAUCAUAGCACUUGGCCCGUCGUAAUUUCUGUUUAUAAUCUGCCUCCGUGGAUGUGCAUGAAGCAACCCUUCUUGUUUCUUUCUUUACUUAUUCCAGGCCCUAAUGCACCUGGAAAUGAUAUUGACGUGUACUUGAAACCUUUAAUUGACGAGCUAAAGGAGUUAUGGGAGGUUGGUGCCAACACUUAUGAUGUGUUUUCCAAUCAGUCAUUCGACAUGAAAGCUGCUGUGUUGUGGACAAUAAACGACUUUCCUGCAUAUGUGAAUCUUUCGGGAUGGAGCACGAAGGGGAAGCUUGCAUGUCCUCAAUGUCAUCAUCAAACAAUAUCCAAACGCUUGCCUAAUUGUAAAAAGCAAUGUUAUUUGGAUGUUAUGCAUAUUGAGAAGAACGUAUCAGAAAAAAUUUUGUAUACAUUGUUGGGCACUUCUAAAAGGACAAAGGAUGGACUUGAAGCUCGUGCUGACCUAGAACUUCUCAAUAUAAGGAAAGGUCUCCAUCCAAUUCGUGUGGGAGCUAGGACAUACUUACCACCUGCAAUAUUCUCUAUGACUAAUAAAGAAAAGACGCUAUUUUGUCGUGUGUUAUCGAAGGUGCGAGUUCCUGAUGGAUACUCAUCAAAUGUUGCGAGGUCUGUUGAUGUGAAGGAUCGAAAAAUACAUGGUUUGAAGAUUCAUGAUCAUCAUGUUAUAAUGCACCAAUUACUCCCGCUUGCGAUACGAAGGGUUUUGCCUAGACCUCUUACUCUUGUUUUGCUUGAGUUAAGUGCAAUCUUUAGACGGUUGUGCGGUAAGAAAGAAUCUGAAGCAUCAUUCAAGCAUUUGGAAUAUAGAAUUGCAUUGACCGUAUGUUAUUUGGAGAAAAUGCUCACUCCUUCAUUCUUUGAUAUAACGGUUCACUUACUCGUUCAUCUCGCCCACGAGGCUGCUAUUGCUGGACCAGUCCAAUAUCGAUGGAUGUAUCCCAUUGAAAGGUAUUUACAAACAUUGAAACGAUAUGUUCGAAAUAAAAAUUAUCCGGAAGGAAGCAUUUGCAUAGGAUAUCUUGCAGACGAGGCUUUGGCAUUUUGCUCCAUGUACUUAUCAGACAUUGAGACUCGUCGUACUCGUCGUGGUCGUAAUGCCGAUGUUUCUACCCCUCGUGAAGGCUUGUCAAUCUUUGCAUACUCAGGUCGUUGUGUGGGUAAAGCCACACAAGUAGAUCUUGAAAGAAGUGUAUGGGAGCAAUGUCGCAAAUACAUUUUGUUCAAUUGCAGCGAAGUCUCUCCAUUUCUAGAAAAAAGGAUGGCGGAGUUACGCAAAAUCCACCGACGAAAAACUGUUCGAGAAGUAGAGAAUUUGAGAAAUAAGGAAUUUCCUACUUGGUUUCAGAACCAUGUGAAUGAUUUGCAUGCAAAAGGCGAUUCUUCCGUAACGGAAGAUUUACGUCGACUUGCUAAUGGUCCUAAUAUGACUGUGAAACAUUAUAAAACCUGCAUUGUUAAUGGUUGCAGAUUCCGAAUUAAAUCGGUUGAUGACAACCAUAAAAAUCAAAAUUGUGGAGUCUUUGUUUCUGCACAAACCUCAAGUUAUUCUAGUGUGAGGGACAACAAUCCGAUUACCGGUAAUGUUGACUACUAUGGAGUUUUAAAGAAUAUUUACGAAUGUGAUUAUGGUAUUCCUGGAGAGAUCGAAGGUCAUGGAUGUAAAGUGGUGUUAUUUGAUUGUGAUUGGGUCAGUAACUCUGGGAAGAAGCUUGAUAAUUAUGGUUUCACCUUAGUGAAUUUCAAACACUUGGCACACAACAACGAUACAUUUAUAACAGCUUCACAAGCUGUACAAGUGUUUUAUGUUUGUGAUCCAAAAGACAUGGAUUGGAAUGUUGCUGUUAAAUUAAGCCCGAGGGAUUUCUUUGAUGUCAUGGAGAGUGAUGAUGGAUCAUCAAGUAUGUCCAACCCAUUAAAUUCAGAUGAUUAUUAUGCUAUACCAAAUCUUGAUGGUCGGGCACUAGACGAUGAAGAAUUACAAGUUAGAACUGAUAUCCGUGGAACCUUUGUUAACAAGCAGUUACCACUACCAGUUGCUAAUGAUUCUUUAGGUAAUGAGGAAGAGCUUGAGGAUGAUGAUGAGGAAAACGAAGAUGAUGAAAGUGAGGACAGUGAAGAAGAAUUGAAUUAG